AUGUCUCCAAAGAUUCGAGACAAGCUCAUCGGCUCGAAAAAGCUAGCCGUGCACACACCGGAGGACUUGGGCCUCAUAGUUCGCAGCUACCUGGAGGAUGACUUCCCAAAUCCGCCGGCGGAUGCCAUCGUAGGCUUUUACCGCAAAGCCGGGUCACUGGCACGCCAGAGUGCGCUUCUCGAUGGAGCUGGAAGAGUCUGUAGCUUCUCCCUGCGGAACCUGACCCGCUCCCUGCGCUUCGCGCUGCGGCUCGCCAAGCGACCGCAGCAUGCGACGCCCCCAAUCAAGGCCUUGGCGCAAGGUCUGGCCGUCGGGUUUGCCACGACUCUAGAUCUUUCAUCUUCAAGGGUGGUGGAAGACCACAUCCAAGAGGCUGUUGGAGUGUCUCCCAGCGUUCAGACAGCUGCGUUGAAGGCCGGAUCAUCCUCUUCAAGUGCUUCGGUACAGAUAGAUCCAGACAAGGGCUGGAUCAACGUGGAAGGCUACUGGAUCAAGGCCGGGCCUCAGAAGCUUGAGGUGGAAGCAGCACACAGGGACUUCGUGAUUACAAACUCAGUACGCCGCAAUCUUCACAAUAUUGCACGGAUGUUGAGUGGCGGCAGAUUCCCGAUACUUCUGGAAGGCCCAACAUCCGCGGGCAAGACCUCGCUGGUGAAGUUCCUGGCACAUUUAACAGGUCACGAGUUUGUGCGUAUCAACAACCACGAGCAUACCGACCUUCAGGAGUACAUUGGCCAGUACGUGUGUGACCCAGAGACGGGACAGCUGGUGUUCCAGGAGGGUGUUUUGGUGAGAGCCGCGAGGGCGGGCCAUUGGGUGGUCCUCGAUGAACUGAACUUGGCACCAAGCGAGGUUUUGGAGGCUCUCAACCGCCUGCUGGACGAUAACCGCGAGCUGUACAUCCCUGACACCGGCAACACUGUCAAGCCCCACGAGGAGUUCAUGGUCUUUGCGACACAAAAUCCGGCUGGGGCGAAUUACGGUGGCCGGAAGCUCUUGUCCCGUGCUUUCCGCAACCGCUUCACAGAAGUCUUCGUAAGUGAGCUUCCGAUGGAAGAGCUGGCGGUCGUCCUGCACAAACGCUGCCAGGUGCCCCCAUCAUAUGUGAAGGUGAUGCUGGCAGUCUACCAGGAUCUUCAGUCGCAUCGCAACCAGUCGGCAGUUUUUUUGGGAAAGCAAAGCUUCAUGACCGUGCGCGAUUUGCUACGAUGGAGCCAUAGAAAGCCCAACUCGUACCUUGAGUUAGCCACAGAGGGUUUCACGCUGCUGGCAGAAAGGCUGCGGAAGGAGGACGAGCGAGAGGUCGUUCGCAAGUCGUUGGUAAAGCACUGCACGGGCGUCAAGGACUUGCAGCUCGACUACAGCCAGGAUGAGGUCGUCUGUGCCGCUCGGGAACGAGUGGCCCAGAAGCUCAAAGCUGGAUGCCAAGCACCUGGAGGAGUCGGCCAGGUUGUAUGGACGCCGGCAUUCUGCCGAAUGGUUGCUCUCAUUGGCCGAUGCAUACGGUCCGGAGAGCCCGCCCUCCUAGUUGGGGAAACGGGAGGUGGCAAGACGAUGGCAUGUCAGCUGCUGUCUUGGGCCUUGGUUGAAGAGGAUCUUCAGGAGCGUCAACUGCGGACUUUGAACUGUCACCAGCAGACGGAGACGUCGGACUUCAUCGGUUCCCUUCGACCAGUCCGUGGUCGAGACACAACUUUCAAGUCGAUUUGCACAGCAGCCGCUAAGCUGCAGGAGCUGCUGCAGGAGCUGGCGAAGGCGCAGCCUGACACCGAGUCUCCAGCAUUUACCAAGCUGCUUUCAGAGGCACAGCUUGCGGCGACAGGAAAGGGCAACCCCAAGAACUUGGGUCAGGCGCUCCGUGCUGCCAUUGCAAGCAAUGUCCUGGGUGCUGGCGACCAAGCCGAGGCAAAGAGAAGGCGGCUGGAUGCAAGGAUUGCUAAGGGCAACGAGGUACCGUUGCUGUCUUUGGCACUGCAUCUCGUGUCUCUCUGUGGGGACUACGAUCGUAUCUUUGAGUGGGCCGAUGGAGCUUUGGUGGAAGCCAUGCGAUCUGGGGGUGCGUUUCUCGUCGACGAGAUCUCAUUGGCAGAAGACUCAGUCUUGGAACGCUUGAACUCUGUCCUGGAGCCGGAGCACUCGCUUCUGCUCGCAGAGAAGCCUUUGACUGGUGCCGACUUGGAGGUGGUUCAGGCGCUGCCCACUUUCAGGCUCUUUGCCACAAUGAACCCGGGUGGCGACUUUGGAAAGAGAGAGUUGUCACCAGCUCUCCGCAACAGAUUCACUGAAAUCUGGGUUGAGCCCAUUGACUUUUCCACUAAGGAGGCGGAAGACUUAGUGGCGACCCAGCUCUCCUGGCCGCGACUUGCUCGACCCAUGCUGGACUGCGUCAGCUGGUUCAACCAGCGAGUUCUGCAUCCUCUAAGCAUUCGUGAGGUCCUGGCCUGGGCUACCUUUGUUCGAAGCACAGCUCCCGAGAAAGCUGAAAAAUCCCUGCAAGCCAGCGUUGAGCGAGCUGUCGAGAUGUACCUGCACGGUGGCUGCAUGACUCUUGUCGACAGCUUGGGAUUGGGAAACCAGCUUGUCGACACUGAAUGCAUAGCCUUGUACCAGAAACAAACGAAAGAUUCUCAAGAUGAGAAUUGUGGUGGAUUGUCCGUGGCACAGCGGGCUAUACUAUGGAACCUCCUAUGCCAACUUGACAGGCCCGAGUUCUUCCAGGACCUCACGAGCCAGGGCCGCGAAAAGGUUCAAGCUGUGUUCAGCCAGGGCGGCUUUGCAUGGGUGCGCAACCGCAACUCUCCACCAAAGGGGCACGUCCUGAACUUCGGCGGCUUCGACAUUUCUGCAUCCUGCAAGCAACCGGAAAAGCUUGGCCAAAAGAACAGAAGAAGCUUGGGCCUAGGUGGCCUCUCAAGAAGGAGAUACAGCUGCCCAAGGUGCAAGCAGGGGUCAAUUGAAGUCGGCUGUGGUGCAGAGGGAAGUGCUUACCGACAAGACGCAGGGUUCAUAGAGAAUGUACCACCGUUACCACCGAGUCUGCAGCCUCGCAAGCAUGAUGGCAGUUGA